AUGUUCUUAGUUGGGCAGAUCUGUGCGAAACCCCUCAUAAAUACUCCCAAACAAGGCCCAAGCUCUCCACACAUCCACAUCAGCACCCUGCUUGAAAGCAUGUCUGCCCAGCUGCUACUGCUGCUGCUGCUGCCAGUGCUGGCCUUGACGGCCCAUGCCGACCACUUCCUGCCGUUGGACUGUGCCGCCAUACAAAGCCGGAACAACAGCAACCCCAGCGGUGUCUACGCCAUCUACCCGGUGGGCCCGCUCGCCCCGCUGCGCGUCUACUGCGACAUGGAGAGUGGCGGUGGGGGCUGGACCGUCUUCCAGCGCCGUCUGGACGGCUCCGUCAGCUUCCUGCGGCCGUAUGACGCCUACCGGGCCGGCUUCGGCAGCGUCGAGGGUGAGCUGUGGCUGGGCCUGGACAACCUGCUGCUGCUGACGCGGCGUGCGCAGAACGAGCUCCGCGUGGACAUGGAGGACUGGGAGGGCAAUCGCGCUCACGCCCACUACGCAGGAUUCUCGCUGGGCAGUGAGGAGGCCGGCUAUGCCCUCGAACUGGGCAGCUUUGUGGAGGGAGAUGCCGGGGACUCCUUGAAGAAUCACAACGGGGCCAAGUUCUCAACCUUUGACAAGGACCAGGACGUCUGGGACAAAAACUGUGCGGGCCAGUACUUGGGUGGGUUCUGGUACACUGCCUGCCACUCAACAAACCCAAAUGGACUAUACGUAGGUCCGCCUCCAGCAACCUUAGCACACAGAUCAGUGUACAGCAGCUGGGGCGCUUGGAAGACAAAUCAGUUCUCUUUAAAAAGCAUCUCAAUGAAAAUCAGACCAGUGUCUCACUGUUCUCAUGUGGUUGAUGUUUAAGUGAUUUAAAUGACUAUGCAAUGAUAAUCUUUAUUUGCACUGAUGUGGUCUGUAUUAAAAUCAUUCUACACAUACAGUCAGCUAAUGCUUUGGCAUGUUUUUUGGCAAUAACUGGAAAAGUAUUGGUGUUGUUGCUUUCUACAUUUUAUGGUGAAAUCCAAAACAUGAUCGUAUAAUUACUUACCAAAUUGUGUGGAUAAAGAUAAGGAAAAGGAUAUUAUGCAAGUUUGCCAAUUUGUAAGUUUUUAACUAUUUAUCAAUACAUUUAGAGGUAAUUCAAUAAAAAUAUGUAAGUCUAGUAUUCCUUCGAUGUUUACCCUUUAAUAUGAGCCCAUAACAUAGCCAUCUUCCUUGGUACCCUCCCAUUGACGCCAAAACCUUUACUGGUAUUGAAUAUAAAACCGUGUUUAUUGUCCCUUUGCAGAACUCUAAAUCAGACAUAACUUACUGAGUACAAAUUUCCAACUUCCCCUUGCUUUGCUAUUGCUUUAUAUCUGCAUAGAGCCACUGAUUGAGCACAGCUACAAGAGGUUUUCAGU